GACGCGUUACGGGCUCACCUUGGCUACCGUGUCAACCAGUGAACAUACCUUCGCGUAAAUUCCCAACAUCCGCUUUGGACAGAACUGAGGAGAGGAUUCCCCCCUCAGGAGAGACCGGGGCUGCAUCAUCUGAAGCUGUUCAUGCCGGAUAAAGUUUAUGAGCACCGUGGUAGAGGAGAGGAGACACAGACUAGACUGCAUACCUUUCGAUAAACUUACUGGGAAGUCGCUCUGUCGCCACCCGAAAUGGGCACCUUGCGCGACCUCCAGUACGCGCUCCAGGAGAAGAUCGAGGAGCUGCGCCAAAGGGACGCGCUCAUCGACGAGCUGGAGCUGGAGCUCGACCAGAAAGAUGAGCUUAUACAGAGACUACAGACCGAGCUGGACAAAUACCGCUCCGUUAUUAAACCGGCAACCCAGCAGGUCGUCAAGCAGACCGAGCUGCACGAGCAGCAGCGCACCAAGAGGCAGGCGAUCUCGGCCGAACCCACCGCCUUCGACAUCCAGGAUCUUAGCCAAGUCACCCUACCUUUCAACCCCAAAAGCCCACAGUCUAAGGAUCUGAUCAAGGAGGCCAUCUUGGACAAUGAUUUCAUGAAGAACCUGGAGCUGUCGCAGAUCCAAGAGAUUGUGGACUGCAUGUACCCUGUGGACUAUGGGAAGGACAGCUGUAUCAUCAAGGAGGGCGAUGUGGGCUCGCUGGUCUACGUCAUGGAAGACGGGAAGGUGGAGGUGACGAAGGAGAGCAUGAAGCUGUGCACCAUGGGACCGGGGAAGGUGUUUGGAGAGCUGGCUAUUCUCUACAACUGCACCAGGACGGCCACGGUCAAAAAGUCUCCUGUCGGAGGGGAGGACGAAUUGAAAACGCGAGUGGUUUCUUCACCCCUUCUAGACAGGACAUAA